UCUGUACUUUUUUUUCAACGAGAUAUGGCAAUCUUUUAUAUUUAUGAAAAAAAAUUAAAAGUCAAAUAACAUUCGUCAUUUUUUCUAAAAAUGGCGUCGGGAGAUAGACAUGUUGAUGUGCGGCUGCGCAAGGGUUUAUCUGAGCAAGAAAUCGAUGGCAUUUUAAAUGAAUCCGAGUUUGACUUUUCCGGAGACGAUUCAGAUGGAGAUCCUGAGUUUCUGCCACCAAAUUUAGAAGAGACAAAGCAAGAUCGUCGCAAUAGUGAUUCCAGUAGCUCAGAUGAUGACACCAGUAUAUUUACUCCUCAAACAGCUUCACCAGCGUUUUCGGAUGAUUUGAAUAGCUUGGCAGAAGUAUCGUCCACACAAGCAAGACCAAGAGGAAGAGCCAGAGGAACAUCUCGUUGUCGCAACCGUGGUCGAGCCGCCAGGUCGCAAUCCGUGUCUACACGACAAAUCGCUAUAAGAAAUAGGCAAAAUAAUACUGACGUUCAAGAUACUUGGAUACAUGAGAAGUUGGAUACAGUUAUAAACGAUUUGAUGCAGCCAUCAUAUAUAAAUAAAUAUACUGAAAAUUGGGAAUGGCACCAAUUUUAUGAUCAAUAUAUAGAUGACGAUAUUCUGAACACAAUCGUAGACUGUACCAACAGAACACAUGUUUUAGAAACUGGAAAAUCGAUGGGGUUGACUCUAAAAGAACUUAAAGUGUAUAUUGGAAUUACAAUGAUCAUGUCAGCCUUAUAGUAUCCAAAAAUUUCCUAUUAUUGGUCUGAAAAAUGGAAAAAUCCUGUGAUUGUAAAAGCUAUGACUCGUAAUAGAUUCUUUUUUAUCAGACUAAGACUAAAAUGUGUUUAUGACCCUGAUGUGACGCCGGAACAAAAAAUACAAAAGAUUUGGAAAAUUCAACCGCUGUUUGAUCGUGUGCUUAAUGGAUGCCAUCAACAAAAUCGUCAAUCUCAUUUUUUUCUUUUAAAAGAUAUUUGGUUUAUCAAGAUUUAUUAGUAGUGGUAAGAAUAUGUUUUUGUUGAUUUUGAGUCUAAUAAUAUAUUAAACUAUUAC